AUGCUGACCACCGCCCUCAUUCUUUCCUUGCUAGCGUUGUCAGGUACACAUUUUGAAUGUUUUUUUGAUUUUUCCGUAAUUCGGAGAGCAUAGUUGGCUGAAACGUUCAAAAUGCAUUGAAAAUUAGGUAUUUUGUAUGUCUUCAGCUAAUUUUCGGUACAUUUCGAUUUUACACCCAAUCAAAGUGAAAUCGAUCAGGUAUGCAUUUGUUAGUUAAAUUCUGUGAAUCUGCCAAACCGGACAAACAUAGUGCUACAAAAUCAUUUGCACAACCAAUUCCUCAAAAAAUGAUAAUAUUACAACGAUACCAAACGAAAAGUUAUGUCGAAAAACACAUUUUUAUGCGCCUAAUUUCAAUCGAAUACUUUUUAAUCCGUUCGAAUUAGACUUGCACCUUUUCGGACAUUGUGCAAGUCUGGUUCAAAUAGGUUACUCAUGAAUAAAAGUCUAGGUUUUUAGACACAAAUAGUUUAUUAGAGGUGAUGUACAGGCAAAUCAACGCACGGAUUUAUAAGAACCGUUCAGGAAUUGACGCGGCAUGCACAUGCUACACAACAUCCACAGCUUUUGGAAAGAGAAUCGGAGUGAGCAACGGAUAUGACACUUCAAACUUUGCUGCCUGUUAUCCAGAUGGUGGUUGUGGGUUCAUAGCAAACAGCAGCGACCCGGUGGUCGGAUGGACGGUCGGUGCAUGAUCAGAAAGUUUACUGGACGUGAUGUUUUUUUUUCAGAGUUUCACCGCAACUUUCAGCUCAAGUGCAGAUUCGACAGGAAAGUUUACUAUUUAUGAUGGAUCAGACGACAAUGCAAACAACGCUGUUAUAACAACGUAUUAUUAUUUGUAGAGAGUUCACUUUCAAUUACAUGUUGCUUUUACAGUUUCUCCGUAUCGGAAUCAGGACAAACGAAAGCACUCACUAGCUCCACAUCUGCCAUUUAUGUGAAGUACACCCAAACGGACUCUACUAAACCAAGUAAAAAGUUGUUGUAUUUUUAAACUAUACUUUGCUUUAAGACCAAUACUACGGAAGUCUUGUCGCCAACUCCGGUCUAGCAGCACCGACAACCACCACAACCACUACCCCGGCUCCUUCGACCACACCUUAUGUGAACUCGUACUUUGCCAGAAAUCCUCAACUAAUUUCUCAUGAUCUAUUAAUCUUGAUCAAUCAGAGAACCGACCAAGGAAAUACUGGUCUGCAAGCUGUAAGAUUGUAUUCUACAAUGUCUCAAUGUUUGAAAUGUUUCAGCUGAACUCUUUGGCUACUCAAUUUGUGAACUUGCUUAGUGUUACUAACAGUAUCACUACCACUUUUCAAACUCGCCUCGGACUCGCCACACUCACCCCAUAUGCACCAAACUAUGCUGCUCAGGGAGAGGUUAGCAAUAAUAUACAAACAUACGAGUGAAAGAAACGCACAUUUGAUUAUUCGUCGACAUUUCCGUAGACAGUUCACAUAUUUGUAUGAAAACUCGCUUGAGAUCGAUAAUUCAAUAACAAAUGCUUUAUACUUGCAGAUCUGGAACAUGAACGCCACUGAUGUGACCGGCGCCCUUCCACAGGCCGGAGUCACGAGCUCCGUUGAUAUUGUGACGUUUGUGGCCCACUUCAAAUUCACGACUGAUAACAUGUUUUAGCGCUCUGAAAGCAGUUCUCUCCGCAUUUUUCAACGUUUCCGACUCAGUGGCUCCAACGAGAAAGAACGUUCAACGAUCGAUUCUUCUUUUCACUGGUUGGUGGUGAGUUCUUUUGAGUAUUACUGUUACUUAUGUCAAAUUUAAGGUCUGACGGAGAUCUGAAUGACGAUUUGAGAAAGUUGUUUGCCGAUUAUGGAGUCAAUCUUGCCAUUAUCGGCUACAACACGACUAACGACAAUUUAAUUAACAACAACUGGUACAACUACGUGUCACUGACCAACACCUCGGUUACCGACGUUGCCAGCUUUGUGAACAGAUUUUAUUUGAACUCGAAUUCAAACAAUAAUCUGAUCAACAACUGUAUGUUUGUCAUAAGAUUGUUGUGUAAUCACAGAUUGUCUUAGGGUGUAAAAAAGGUUUGGAUCCAAACAGUACUUAUCCAGUUAUUAUGGAACCAAGCGAUUAUAUUGGACCACAAGUUGGAGCCACAUGGACUUCCACGGAUGGACAGAAGGGCAGAUAUUGUAACUUCCAGGACACAACUUACACCUACAACAGGGAAAACGUUAGUUUCUAAUAGAAAGUGACCCAGAAAGGUGACAUGUUCAGGCAGCAAAGAAUGUCAGUGUGACCGUUUUUUACGAGUUGGAAAUUGAAAACGAUUAUCUGAAAUUUUUUGCGGAUGGAGUGGAAAUUGAAAGGUAUUCCAGCAUAAUUGCAAACACACUCUCAGCUCAAACAUUAUGGCUUUCAGCUUCACCGGUAAUGACGUCAAUAAUGCUAACUUUGUUGUGAACGCGUCCGUCAUCACAGCUCGGCUUACCACCGACAGUUCUGGAGUUCAACGGGGAUUCUCAGCCAAAUUUGCAGAAAUUUGA